UCCUCCAGGACGGGAGCAGCUUCACAUCGGUCCCGAGCUUCCCCAGAAUGUCCCCUGGAUCCCGGAUUCCCCUCUGAAACACCCAGGAUGCUGAAGAUGAAGCUGCCGCUGAGACCAGCCGAGGACCGAGGCGACGACACGGCCGAGGACGACCCGCUGGAGCCGCGGGUCCCCGGGCUCAAGCCGGCGGCCCCCGGAGCUCCGGGCUCUCCGCCCCGGCUCGACAAGGAGAGCGUGUUCGAGUGGUUCGGCCUGCAGCUGAACCCGGCCAAGCGGAUCGAGUUCAUGUGCGGACUGCUGCACAUGUGUCAGCCGCUGGAGCUGCGCUUCCUGGGCUCGUACCUGGAGGACCUGGCCAGGAAGGACUACCACGUCUUGCGGGACUUCGAGUGCCGGGCGAACAGCGCCAGCGACCUGGGGCUGCUGGCGGACGCGCGACCGGUGGUGCGGUCCAAGCUGCUGGUGUGCCUGUCGCUGCUGCACUCCGACAACCGGGACUGCGCCGGGAUCCUGUUCCGGAUCCUGAGCCAUGUCGACCCGGCGCUGCUGUGCCAGACCUGCCCGCUGCCCGCGUUCAGGGACCCGGAGCAGGAGCCGGGAGCGGGGCCGGAGCCCGCCGCCGCGGCCCUGGAGCAGCUCGCCCUGCUGUUCACCAUGGCCUCGGUCCACCCGGCCUUCCACUUCCACCAGCGGGAGUCGGUCCGGGAGCGGCUGGAGAAGAUGGAGCUGGCGCUGGAGGAGGAGCGGAGCCGGAGCCGGGGCCGGGGACCGGGCCGGGGCCAGCCGACGGAGCCGGUCGGUCAAACCCCAGAUUUCCUGCCCGGCCCGGUCCUGGGUCUGGGUCUGGGCCCGGUCGAGUGCCGCGCCUCGGCCCCCCACCCCCCCUGUCAGAGCCGGCGGUCCGGCCGCUGGGCGGCCCAGAGAGAAGCGGUGCACAUCGAAGGAAUCGUGCUCACACACAUCUCCCGGACCAGAGGGGACAAGGAGUACCAGUUUGAGGUGAAGUGGUCCGACUCCUCCUCCAGCAGUGUGACCAAAACCCACCUGGAACUGGAGAACUUCCUGCUGCAGCUUCCGCAGGAUCAAUGCAGUGAGACUUUCGAGGAGAGCAUCCUGAGUCUGCUGAGGCAGGGGGACCAGUGCGAGAACCUGGACGUGGAGCGAGACCUCAGGGAGCGGUUCCUGUCGGCUCCUCCGUUCUUCAGGAAGACCCGGACGGUCUGCAGCUUCUUCAACUGUGACUCCAUCCAGCCCGCCUGCUGCCGAUGUUCCUGCCAGCCGGGUUCCGCCUACCAGGGAGACUGUUCUGACGCCUCCAGCCAGGAGGAAGAGCCGUUCGUCAGGGACACAAGAAAAAGCACGGGGUCCAGAAGUCCCCUGACCCCCCCCCCGUCCCGCAGUGCCAAAGGCUCCCAGGCAGACGUCCGGCGGUCGGUUCACGCCGCGGAGCUCAACGGUCCUGCAGAGCGGAGGAAGAAGAGCAGCUCGCUGAGGAGCAGCCAGGAGGCCGAGCAGGAACCCAGGGUCCUCCUGGUCCUCUCUGACCCCCUCCUCUCUCUCAGCACCUCCUCAGCCGACAAGCGGAUCCACCCGGCUGCCAAAAGUAAGAGCAGAGCCCCGCCCCCAGACAGGGACAAGGGGAAGGUCAUAGGUCAAAGGAGUGUCCUUCAUCGCACGGCUCCUUGGUCCCGGCUCUGUCGGCUCGAGGAAAGACGGCGGUUCCGGUCCGGACACGUUCGGCGGACGUCGUCAGAAAGCUACAGCUCUCUCAGCCCGCAGCACCGGGGGAGCCUGGACAGCGAGGACACCACAACAAAGGAACCGGCCUGGGACCGGGACGCGGACUGGGACCGGGUCUGGGGUCCACACCUGGAAAUCCAGAAACCCGAGCGCCCUCUGAUGGCAGACCGUCUCUCCCUCAGACUCGGACAGCCACUCGACGACUGCAGCCAGGGCGCGCCCGUCUUCUUCAGUCGCCGCGGCGACGCGGCGGUCCGAGAUGGAGGCGUUGUGUCCGGAGGCGGGCGCCGGCUUCCCCUCCGCUGUCCUUCAUGCACACCGCCGCCCUACGCUCUGCCCAACGGCGCCGCCGACCCCCCCGGGCUCCCCCCGGACGGCAAGGCGCCGGCGCUGCAGAUGCCCCUCCCCCCCGCCGCGGCGGCGGCCGGGACGCUGGGCGCCGGAGAGGCAGAGAGGAGGCGCGCCCACCCGAUGCUGGUCCAGAGAGAGCGGCGGCCCCCCUGCUGCCCUGCCAGGACGGCCGCCGCCACGGCGCCCCGCUGCCCACGGGGACGCGCCGCUCGCCAAGCUGCCCGGCCUCGGCUGCCGUCCGGCCUGCCCCCUCCCUACGCGCUGCCCGCCGCCGCCGGCCCCCGGGCCCCCCCGGAGCCGCCCCGUCUCCGGGUCACGUCCAGGCGGCCGCCCCGCCGUGCCCACGCACAGCCGGGCCCCGCCCCCAGCCCCAGCCCCGCCCUCACCCACAGCACGGCGCACAGCGACUGCACCUCCUACAGCAACAGCAGCAUCUCUGCGGGGCAGCGCCCGCCGCAGACCGCCACGCCCCCCCAGCAGGGCUGCGGGACCUGCGGCUCAAACAACUGCGGCGGGCGCGGCGGGGGGGGUGAGCGGCGACGCCGGCUGCAGACGCCGCUGUUCUUCCCCGCCCACCAGAUGGCGGCGGCGCGGCAGGUGUUCGGCGGCCCGGCGCCGCUCUUCCAGCUCGCCGGCCUGGGGAGUAACAGCUACCUCACCGCGGCGCACCCCCCCACCAGGCCCACCAGGCCAACGGAGGCCGCCGCGCUGUCGCCCUUCUUCCCCGCCGCCCCGCCCCCGUACCUGCACGGCCACGCCCACAGCCACGCCGACGUGCCGUCGCACGUGCUGGGCAGCGCCGCCGUGGCCGCCGCCUGCUACAGCCUCCAGCAGCAGAUGGCGCCGGCGGCGUCCUUCUGCCAGCGCGUCCUACCAGCAGGUGUACCCCACCCGCUGGGCGUGCUGACCACGGCGGCGCUGGCCGGCGGCGUCAACAAGAAGAACGGCAACGUGUCGUGUUACAACUGCGGCGUGAGCGGACACUACGCCCAGGACUGCAACCAGCCCGCCAUCGACGCCGCGUCGCAGGGUGGUUUCCGAUUGAAGUAUGCAGCGUCCCACGUUUCAGAAGCACUAGACAACACCGACUGAAGAAGAAGAAAGACGGAGGAGCUCCUCCACAGGCUGUGUGUGUUUGUGUGUAUGUGAGAGAGAGAGAGAAAAUGUGUGUGUGUGGUGCUCUGUAGCCUCUGUGUCAACAACUGUAAACGCCUCACUUCCUGUGGGUGCGGCUUCACUUCCUGCGGGUGCGGCUUCACUUCCUGUUGGUGUGGCUUCACUUCCUGUUGGUGCGGCUUCACUUCCUUUUGAUGUGGCUUUACUUCCUGUAAAGUCGCCUCACUUCCUGUGAACGCUGCUUCACUUCCUGCUGGUGCGGCUUCACUUCCUGUGAAUGCCAACUCGCUUCCUGUCGACGUCUCUUCACUUCCUGUUUCACACUUUUUGCACUGAGAGUGAAAAACAUUAACUUAUUGCUUCUGAGACAUUUCUGAGUUUCUUCUUCGUGGGUUUUUCUCCCGGAGGUUUUCUGCUUCCUCCUCGCGGCCGUAGAACAGGAACAGGAACAGGAAGUGUUCAGCCCGUCUGUCGAGUCGCUGGAUGUCGGUCUGAAUGCUUCCUCGCGUCACAUUUUAUGCUUUUAUUUUAAAGAACAAAAGUUUUACCUGGAGAAAAGCACUGAGGCUGUGUGUGUGUGUGUGUGUGUGUGUGUGUGUGUGUUGUGUGUGUGUGUGUGUGUGUGUGUGUGUGUGUGUGGUGUGUGUGUGUGUGUGUGGUGUGUGUGUGUGUGUGUGUGUGUGUGUGUGUGUUGAUGAGAAUCUUCGAGGUUCAGGUUCAGACUGUGUUCCUGGACCAGAUUUAAUUUAACGAUGCCUUCAGGGUCAAAAUGCACUGAGAAAACGGCUUGUCUUCUUUUAUUUUGGUAAAUCAACCUCCGGGUUCCACUUUGGGGUUUGAAGCUGUUGAUCUGAUUUCUGAUGGAGACUGAAGUGGCGGGGCAAACCUUCAACAUGUGACUCCACCCACAUGUUGAAGGUUUGGUUCUGUGAAGCUCGUUUAUUUAUUUGUUUUAAUUUGAAAAAAGCCUCGUUUCGCUGUAAAACCACUCGGUACCACCCAGGUGUCGCCACCCUCCAGCUGUUGUUGUCAGAACUCUGACGUGAUGAGAGGAAGCCGGUUCGAACCCCCGCUGUGCGGCGGCAGCGUCUGAACCUCGGCCCCGCCCCCUUUUAGAGCUGCCAAGUAAACCACACAGGAAGACGACCAGUGUGUGUGUGUGUGUGUGUGUGUGUGUGGUGUGUGUGUGUGUGUUGUGUGUGUGUGUGUGUGUGUGUGUGUUGUGGUGUGUGUGUGUGUGUGUGUGUGUGUGUGUGUGUGUGUGUGUGUGUGUGUGUGUGUGUGUGUGUGUGUGUGUGUGUCCUGCCGUCGGGCUGCGAGCUUCGGAGAGACGAGCCGCUUGUUGUUGAUUUGCUGAAGUUUCUUGUGUUUUGAAAAGCACGCCGAUCAGAUUGUGUGGAUUUAAUGAUUAUUUAAAGUCUGUAAAAAGUCGUUUGGCUCGAGCUUCUCAGAGCGGGACUUCCUCCUCACGAUGUGAUUCAGACACAGGAAAACUUUAUGUUACUGCUGAAGUUUGAGUUUUAAAAAGCAUGGAUUUAAAAAAAAAAUGAGGGUUUUUUGAUUUGGUGAACUGUGUCGUUUCACAGUAAUUCUUCAGAAGUGUUUUAACCAACUCAGUUUGUACAGUGUUCAGAACUCCGUGUGGAGUGUUUUUUGUUUUUGUUUUGUUUUUUUAACGGAUUUUCAGGAGUUGAAUCCAGUAGAAACCGGACCGUGACGGUUUGGAGGUGAAGGACUUUAAAUCCGUCCCGUCGCUGCUCGUCUCUCCGGACCCCCCCCCCCCCACCCCCCGGAUCGAUGCAUUCUCUGCUUCUCGCCGCCGCCGUCGCCAUGUUUGUUUGGGUGGUUCAGAAAGGCCUUGACUGACGUUCUUUCCUUCGCCCGGAGCCUCGGGCCGGAACUGGAGCCGUUCGGCCGACCUGCCGCCGCUGCGAGGAAACACGAAAGUACCGAACUGUCAGAGGCUGCGGCCUCGCUGUGGCCUCGCCUGUGGCCCUGGCCGCGUUCUGCGACCCUCAUGUUUACUGUACUCUUUGAUAUCUGGACUGGAAAAGGUCAAAUAUAUUUCUAGAGCGAACAUUUGGAUUUUAUGCAAACUGAUGUUUGUUUUUUCCUGUAAUUAAAAGCAAUAAA